GGAACAAGAACGCUGCAACUCCGCAUCCUCGUCUUGAACGAUCACCUCGGGAAUCUCCGAUCUCCCCGCCUCCUCCUUCCUCCAUCUGCAUGGCAACCCUCGUCUCCAGAUCCCUAACCCUGCUCGUCGUCAUCCUCAUCCUCUCCGGCGCCCUCUCCGCCGGCGCCCUACGGUUCGACCUCUUAUCGGGCCAUACCAAGUGCAUCUCCGACGACAUAAAGGUCGGCGCAAUGGCCGUCGGCAAGUACCACAUCGUGGAGGCUGAGGGAUCCUCGGAGCUCCCGGACUCCCACCGUAUCUCGCUGCGGGUCACGUCCCCCUACGGCAGCAGCCUGCACUACUCGGAGAGCGUGCAGUCGGGCAACUUCGCCUUCACGUCGUCGGAGGCCGGGGACUACCUCGCCUGCUUCUGGGCGCCCGACCACCGCCCGCCCACCACCAUCGCGUUCGAGUUCGACUGGCGCAGCGGCGUCUCCGCCAAGGACUGGAGCAGCGUCGCCAAGAAGGGACAGGUCGAUAUAAUGGAACUUGAGCUCAAGAAACUGGAGGAUACGAUCAAAUCUAUCCAUGAAGAAAUGUUCUACCUUCGUGAAAGGGAGGGGGAGAUGCAGGUACUGAACGGGAGAACCAACACAUGGAUGGCUUGGCUCAGUUUCCUCUCACUUGGUAUCUGUUUAUCCGUGGCAGGGUUGCAAUUGUGGCAUCUCAAGAACUUCUUUGAGAGAAAGAAGCUGCUAUGACUUUCUAUGACAUGAAGAUUUAGGCAUAAUUUUGUGACUUCUUUUUGCGGGUAUUUUGUGACUUAGUCACGUUUAGCUUUUUUUUUUUUUUUCUUCUUGCGACCCAGUGCCAAGUAACAAAUAUCUUAGGUCUUAGCGCAACUGAGAAAUAUUUCUUCUCAGUUCCCAAGCAAAGCUGAACCAGGUGUAAAAAGUAUUAUUUUCCAGUUUAAAGAUUAUUUUAUAAUAUGUUUUUAAAAUAAUGGGUGCAUAUCCUUCUCUUCUA